AUGUGCAAAAUGUUUCUGUCAAGUCUUGGGACAACAGCCAUGAAAUGGUUUCACCAACUUCCAGAGAAUUCAGUUUCAUCUUGGAGGGAAUUGACUCGGAUCUUCGUAGCAAGAUUCAUAGCAAAUAGUCGAGAUCCAGCAACAUUGGAUACACUAUUUGCUUUACAUAUGAGGAGAGGAGAAUCACUCCGGACUUACGCUGUCAAGUAUUCAGAUACCUAUGCGGAUAUAGAAGAUUGUGAUGAAAGAAUCGCAGUGGCUACUUUUCGCCUCGGGCUCCCUCGUGAUUAUAAAUUGCGAGAAAGUUUGACGAUGGCUCCACCCAAGAAUAUGGCCGCACUUCAAGACAGGAUUAAGCAAUACGUCAAACUGGAAGAAGACAAACAGGGGGAUCGACAGUUUGCUUCUCAAGAAGGAACAAAAAAGGAAAAUAAGAAGUUUGAAAAGAAGAACGGGAAAGAAAAAGACUCGAAGAAUGACCCAAAGCCCACUUCUUACGAGGCGGUAAAAACAAUAUUUAAGGACCCAAUUUUUCGAAUUCUGCCUCUGAUCGCAGACACACCGUAUUUUCGGCGGCCAAAUAAGAUGUCAGGAGAUCCGUCCACUCGAAACCAGUCCAAAUGGUGUUCUUAUCAUAGAGACAAAGAAAAAGCUGCUGCCGAAAAGAAGGCAAAACCUCAGUCAAAGGAGCGGGGAGAACCUUCACACUACGUGGUAAAUUUUAUUGAUGCAAUGAUACCGGAUGCACAACUUGGUGAUGCGACAAGGCGAACGGAGUAUAGGAGGGUCCGACACCCACAAGAGGUAAUGCGAAUGGAUCUUAAUCCCCGUUUGGGAACUAAGAGACCAAGGGAGGCAACUGCAAUCACUUGUACCAAGGAAGAUGCAACAGGAGUCAUCUUUCUGCAUAAUGAUGCUCUCGUGAUCUCCCUGUAA